CAUUAGCAACAGAUUACAACAUCUCUAAUCCAAUCAAAAGCAGAAGCUCCAAGAGAGCGCGGGUUCCUCGACCAAUCAAAAGCGGACGGAUAAUGAUUGACGUCUCAGUCAUCCACCUGUGUUUGAAUGCGAAGGUUGGCAUUAUUUAAAACUGAAAACCGGUUGCUGGACUUUGCAGAGUUUAGGCGACGCGCGGUGGGAGAGAGACUGCUUCAUUUGUUUUCUAAUAAGAAAGUGCUUUUUCCUUAGCGAUUCAACAUGAGAGAAAUUGUUCACCUGCAAGCUGGCCAAUGUGGAAACCAAAUCGGUGCCAAAUUUUGGGAGGUGAUUAGUGAUGAGCACGGAAUUGACCCAACAGGAACUUACCAUGGGGACAGUGAUCUGCAGUUGGAACGGAUUAAUGUGUACUACAAUGAAGCCUCUGGUGGAAAGUAUGUUCCUCGUGCUAUUCUUGUCGACCUGGAGCCUGGAACUAUGGAUUCAGUGAGAUCUGGACCAUUUGGACAGGUCUUCCGACCAGAUAACUUUGUCUUUGGUCAGAGUGGUGCUGGAAACAACUGGGCCAAGGGUCACUACACAGAAGGUGCUGAACUUGUAGACUCUGUUCUUGACGUGGUCCGUAAGGAGGCGGAAAGCUGCGACUGCUUGCAAGGCUUUCAGCUCACCCACUCCCUUGGAGGAGGCACCGGGUCAGGCAUGGGCACACUGCUCAUUAGCAAAAUCCGUGAGGAGUACCCAGACCGCAUCAUGAACACCUUCAGCGUGGUGCCCUCACCUAAAGUCUCAGACACUGUUGUAGAGCCUUACAAUGCCACGCUGUCUGUCCAUCAGCUGGUGGAGAACACAGAUGAAACGUAUUGCAUCGACAAUGAGGCGCUGUAUGACAUUUGCUUUCGUACACUCAAACUUACUACACCUACCUACGGCGAUCUCAACCACCUUGUGUCAGCCACCAUGAGCGGGGUCACCACCUGCCUGCGCUUCCCCGGUCAACUCAAUGCUGAUCUGCGCAAACUGGCCGUCAAUAUGGUGCCUUUCCCCCGUCUGCAUUUCUUCAUGCCAGGCUUCGCCCCCCUUACCAGCAGGGGGAGUCAGCAAUACCGAGCCCUCACGGUUCCUGAGCUCACACAGCAGAUGUUCGACGCCAAGAACAUGAUGGCUGCUUGUGACCCCCGACACGGUCGCUAUCUCACCGUGGCCGCUAUUUUCCGAGGCCGCAUGUCUAUGAAGGAAGUGGAUGAGCAGAUGCUGAAUGUCCAGAACAAGAACAGCAGCUAUUUUGUGGAGUGGAUUCCCAACAAUGUUAAGACCGCCGUGUGCGACAUCCCGCCUCGCGGUCUCAAAAUGGCAGCCACUUUCAUCGGCAACAGCACCGCCAUCCAGGAGCUGUUCAAGCGCAUCUCUGAACAGUUCACUGCUAUGUUCAGGCGCAAAGCCUUCUUGCAUUGGUACACGGGUGAGGGGAUGGAUGAGAUGGAGUUUACGGAAGCUGAGAGCAACAUGAAUGACUUGGUGUCAGAGUACCAGCAGUACCAAGACGCCACUGCCGAAGAAGAGGGAGAGUUUGAGGAAGAGGGAGAGGAGGAGCUUGCAUAAAGAGUUGACAGCUCAAGUUCUUGUUCACCGUUUUUCUGUUCAGUUUCCUAAAGCUGCGUUCACACUACAAGCGACUUUGUCGCUGCAGGUCACCAGUGGCUGCGCUGGAGGGCGUUCCCACAACUGGUUGCCUAGUAAUGUUUGUGAGUGACAUUCAUGGAUGUUACCCUUAUGUUAGACAACAAAUACGUUUUACUGCCGCUACAAACAAAUAUUUUGGAAUGAAAAGUCUAAAUAUAAAUGGAAUCAGUACAUAAAAUGCGUAAUAUUAAAGAUGAACGAGAAACAGUGAGUGCUCUUUGCCAUCGCGGCUGUUUAACUGCAGCAAACGGGCAAAUACCUGUCUGUCUGGGUUCCCGAAACCAUUCAGUCACAAAGUCAGUAUGGUGAACACCACUGUAUGUACACAGAGAUAUAUCAUAAAUUAUAGGACAGUCUCUAAUUGCUAAAAUGAGCUUCUCGUUCAACUUGCCUCGGUCAAACUCCGCACCGAAGAGUGACGCACUCCACUGACUUCACUCCUAUUGGUUGUCGCUCCCAAAGGUCGCUCUGCAUUCGCAUAAAGUUAAACAUUUAUCAACAUUGCCUCGUCGCCAGACACCCCCACAUUUAGUCGCCAACGGUCGCCGGAAGUCGCCCGCUCACCAUUGAAAAUGAAUGGUAUCGUGUCACUUGCUCACGUGUAGUGUGAACACAGCUUUAUUCGUUGGUUUGUCUUUUUGAUCUCUUCCUUCCAAGCAGAUUCACAAGCUGCUAAAAAGUUCUCAAUGGUCUUAUAAUGUCUAAUAAAGCUCUGAAUUUGAUAGCUGUA